CAGAAAAUCAGGCUUAUUUUUCUAUGCUUGAGGAGCCUCAUAUUAUUUUGUGCAUACGUAUGAUUAAUGUUCGUUAAACAAAUUAAAUAAAUAAAUAAAUAUAAAAUAAAAAAGAAAAAUAAAAAAUGAGGAAAUAAAAAAAUAAGUCUACAAGCCAGAAUAAAAAUGAAACGCAUAAAGUACGAUUAAUGAAACAAAAUAAGAUUGAAAAGAGUCAUAAAGCUUUAAACCACAUGGGUCGGUCAGAAAAAUACGGUCUCAAAAUGAGUGAACACGAAUCUGUGUAUGGGACAACAUUAUCUCAGGAGUCAAUGAAAGUUAUUGCUGAAAGUAUUGGUAUUGGUAAUUUACCCGAUGAAGCUGCAAAAGAUCUGGCAGAAGAUGUGAGCUAUAAGCUUAAAGAAAUUAUACAGGAUGCGGCAAAAUUUAUGCGUCAUGGAAAACGUCAACGAAUGUCAACUCAAGAUAUUGAUCAUGCUUUGAAAAUUAAAAAUAUCGAGCCAACUUAUGGAUUUUUUGCCAAGGAUCAUAUUCCCUUUCGAUUUGCAUCUGGCGGUGGUCGUGAAUUACAUUUUGUUGAGGAGAAGGAAAUUGAUUUAAAUGAAGUGCUAUCUACCUCGGGCGGUCAAAGUUGGCCUAAAUUACCUUUAGAAGUAACUUUACGAUCUCAUUGGCUUUGUAUAGAUGGAAUACAACCGACUAUUCCUGAGAAUCCACCUCCUGUUUCUAAAGAUAUUCAAAAAUUGGAAAGUGUCGAUCCAACAAGAAAGUUGACCAAUACAAAUCAAAAUACAGGUGUUGGAAAACCUGGUGGUGGUGGAAAAAGUCAAAAACUACGAAAUGUUGAAACUGUUCAUGUGAAACAAUUAGCAACUCAUGAAUUGAGUGUGGAACAACAAUUGUAUUAUAAAGAAAUAACAGAAGCUUGCGUUGGUUCCGAUGAAGCACGUCGAGCUGAAGCAUUACAAUCGCUUUCAGCUGAUCCUGGCUUACAUGAAAUGUUAGCACGAAUGUGCACAUUUAUUGCCGAAGGUGUUCGAGUUAAUGUAGUGCAAAACAAUCUCGCUAUUUUAAUUUAUCUUAUGCGUAUGGUUAAAGCGCUACUCGACAAUCAAAGUCUUUAUCUAGAAAAAUAUCUCCACGAACUCAUUCCAUCGGUCGCAACUUGUAUAGUAACAAAACAACUUUGUAUGAGACCCGAAAUGGAUAAUCAUUGGGCACUUAGAGACUUCGCGUCUCGUUUAAUGGCACAAAUAUGCAAAAAUUUCAACACCUCAACAAAUAAUGUUCAAACUAGAGUAACUCGUAUGUUUAGUCAAGCAUUGACAAAAAGUAAUCAGACACCAUUGGCUUCAUUGUAUGGUGCAAUUGACGGUCUUUGUGAACUAGGACCAGAAGUGGUGAAAGCAUUGGUUAUACCUAAAAUCAAAACCAUUUCAGAACGAAUUGAAGCGAGUAUUGAUGGCAUUGGACUUUCAACUAUCGAUAAAAAUGCUGCCGGUCAUAUUAAAACUUUAUUAGUUAAAUCGGUAGCUCCUGUAUUGAAAACAAUUCGACCGCCGCCAGAUUUUGUUGAAGAAUAUAAACAAGAUUUCGGCUAUCUUGGACCGUCUUUGUGUGCCGCUGUUGCCAAAGCGAGAACGCAACCAACUACAAUUGUAACAACACCUUCAACAACUGCGUUAACAACUAAUCAACAGCAAAAUACAAUUAGCACUGGAAAAACAAUUAUUCAAACAGAACAUAUAGCAGUAUCUAAUCCAAGUCCUGCAACGCCUCAAGCGAAUCGUACAAUUAUGUUGAAUCCUAGUCGAAGCGCUGGACCUUCGUCAACUGGUAAAUACGUAAUUUUGCAAUCUCGGCAAUCUUCAACUUCGCAGGGAUUAAGUUCGAAUGCACCUACAACACCGCAGCAAGUGACACAACAGCAACAACCGCAACAGGUGAAAAUUACUCAAGGAACUCCUGUACAACAAAAACCGCAUUUGCCUUCUCCUGGAACUAAAUUGGUGGUCGUUUGUAUGCCUGGUACCAGUCAUAACGUCACAUCUACUGUAACACAGGCGGCGAUAACAUCAAAGUCGCAAGUUUUUGUUGCUUCAAAUGUCGAGCAAAUUCACAAUCCAAUGGAUGAUCAUUCUUUUCAAUAAUACGAUCGACCAUAAUAAAUGUUAAAGAAUUUAUAAAAGCUUUGGCUUUUUUUUUUAGUUUAUAUUUACUUCUGAUCAUUUAAAUGUUUUACACGGAAUAUUUGUAUAAAAUUCUAUUUGUUGUAGAAGCGAAAAUUGGUUUUUGUCUCCUUUUUUUUUGUACAUACAAAGUAAGAAAUCGUAAAAAAAAAGUUUAGUUAAAUUAAAUUUUUUACGAUAAUAACAAUAAUUAAUUAGUAUAAAACUAAUAUUUAGUACAAUUUCUAAUAAAAAAUCUUUU